CUGUUCACCCUUGUCGUUAUACUACUAAUAGCCGUCCUUAAUCCUUUGAUGGCCGUGAGGCCUCCUCUGCAAUUCACCGCAUCCUCAAUCAACACCAUCAAAUUACCUUUCUACCAAUCCCGAUUCCCCGUCGUAUUCCUCCGUUGCUUCGCUUCCGCCGGCGUUCUACCGCUGCAACACAACAACCACACCCACAAACACAAUAAACAUAGAUAUUCUCAUCAACAAACCCUAGUUCACCCGCCUAUUUCAUCACUAUCUUCAUCCUACAGCACCAAACCUGCGUCAUCUCUGCAAGAAAAACUGGCGCAGAAAAUCGGUAAAGCUUCUCGCCAUCCCGGCGCCUCGUCCAAGGCGAGGGUUUAUACCGACGUUAAUGUUGUUCGUCCCAAGGAGUAUUGGGAUUACGAGUCUCUUGCUGUUCAAUGGGGCGAACAAGAUGAUUAUGAGGUCGUCCGGAAGGUUGGAAGAGGAAAAUACAGCGAGGUUUUUGAGGGAUUGCAUUCUGUAAAUGACGAAAAAUGCAUCAUCAAGAUACUUAAACCCGUAAAAAAGAAAAAGAUCAAGAGGGAGAUCAAAAUCUUACAAAAUCUAUGUGGAGGACCAAAUAUCAUAAAGUUACUGGAUAUUGUUAGAGAUCAACAAUCAAAGACACCAAGUCUUGUAUUUGAAUAUGUGAACAACACUGAUUUCAAAGUGCUUUAUCCAACACUUUCUGAUUUUGAUAUUCGCUAUUACAUCUUUGAGCUUCUAAAGGCAUUAGAAUAUUGUCAUUCUCAAGGAAUCAUGCAUCGUGAUGUGAAGCCUCACAAUGUGAUGAUUGAUCAUGAACAACGCAAGCUUCGCCUUAUUGAUUGGGGUCUUGCUGAGUUUUAUCAUCCUGGGACUGAGUACAAUGUCCGUGUAGCUUCUAGAUAUUUCAAAGGUCCAGAACUCCUUGUUGAUUUGCAAGAUUAUGAUUACUCUUUGGAUUUGUGGAGCCUUGGCUGCAUGUUUGCUGGCAUGAUAUUCCGAAAGGAACCAUUUUUUUAUGGGCAUGAUAAUCAUGAUCAGCUAGUCAAAAUUGCCAAGGUGUUAGGUACUGAUGAGUUAAAUACUUAUCUACAAAAGUAUCGUAUAGAGCUAGACCCAAAUCUUAGUGAGCUUGUUGGAAGGCAUAACAGGAAACCAUGGUCAAAGUUUAUUAAUGCUGAUAAUCAACAUUUAGCUGUGCCUGAGGCGAUUGAUUUCCUUGAUAAGUUGCUUCGGUAUGAUCAUCAAGAAAGACCAACUGCUAAAGAAGCAAUGGCGCACCCGUACUUUUACCCUGUAAGAAAUGCAGAGAGCAGCCGAACAACUCGGGCAUGAUUGUUUUUUUUUUUUUUGGAAGCAUGAAUCUUUGAAUAUGGAAUUUGUAUAUUUCUUAUUGAUGUUGUUUGUUUGUUUGUUUGUUUGUUGUUUUGGGAAUUUAGAUUUACUUAUUUUUUUGGAAUGCA